GCGCCGCGACCUCAUGUGAAACACCAUCCGCACGAGCCACAGCACACACUAGUCCUCCGACCGACGUUUUUUUUGCCUCUGCGGCGAAAAAACCGCGAUGGAGAUUCGGAUUGCGUUCGUCUGAACCACCGCGCCCCCUUUUAGGAAUCCGACAAUUCCCCCUCCUAACACCCUAUCGCGCAUUUUAAUCUAGACGUUUUUAAACAGGGGCGGCGCGACGAUGUGGAUUCAGGUCCGCACCAUAGACGGGAAGGAGACCCGAACCGUGGACGAUCUGUCCAGGCUGACCAAAAUCGAAACCCUCCGCGUGAAAAUUCGGGAUAUCUUCAACGUGAGCCCGCAGCAACAGCGCCUCUUCUACCGGGGCAAGCAGAUGGAAGAUGGCCAGACGCUGUUUGACUACAACGUGGGUCUCAAUGACAUUGUCCAGCUGCUGAUUCGCUCCCAAACAGACCCUGCGGACAGCCCCGUGACCAAGGAACCGCACAGUGUGGCGUGCACUUCGGCCCCUGCCGCGGCCUCCGCUGUCCCUCGAGCUGAAAGCCCCGACCGCCCAGCUCCCGUCUCCCCCGCUGCAAUGGAAACUUCCACCGAUAAAGACAAUGACUGCAGCGCCGCGGCCGAGACUGCCAAUGAGCCCAAGCCAGACCAAGCCGUUGCCCUCAAUAACUCAGCCGGCACCAAAAAUGGGUUCAAGCCCUCGAGUCCGACGCGCGAUACCCAACUCCCUACAUCCAGCAAGAACACACUGGUGGACCCGGGAAUUGGGAAAUACAAAAUUAACGAGCUGGUAGACUGCAGGGAUGUGAGCGUGGGCGCCUGGUUUGAGGCCUGCGUGGAGAACGUGAGCCGCGCCCCUAAAGGACCCGUCAAAAACAAGGUGGGGCGACCCCCGAAAAGGACUAACGGAAAGCUGGAGAGCGAGCAGGGCCAGCAGCCCCUCGGCCCGGGCCAAAGCACGGACAAUGUCAGGAAUAACGUCAAUGCGUUAAACUCGGAGAGCAACGGCGCAUCCACAUCGCAGACGGACUCCACCGACGAGGAUGUCGUCUAUCACAUUAAAUAUGAAGACUACCCCGAAAAUGGUCUGGUGGAGAUGCGAGCGGUAGAUGUGCGGCCACGUGCCCGGACCCUGCUGCGCUGGGACCAGCUCAUGGUGGGCAUGCACGUGUUUGUCAACUACAACAUGGAAACGCCAGAGGAGAGGGGCUUCUGGUUCGACGCGGAAAUUCAGACCCUCAAUCAGGCCUCCCGCACCAACAAGGAGCUCAGAGUCAAGAUUCUCCUGGGGGGUCCCGGUGACGUGAUCGGGGAUUGUAAAGUUCACUUUUUGGAUGAAAUCUACCAGGUGGAGAAACCAGGAGCUCCGGCGCUGUCGGCUUCAGAUGGACAAUUUAAAAGGAAGAGCGGGCCGGAAUGCAAACACUGUAAGGCCGACCCGGACGCCGAGUGCCGCUUCUGCUCAUGCUGUGUGUGCGGCGGCAAGCAGGACGCUCACAUGCAGCUACUCUGCGACGAGUGCAACAUGGCCUUUCACAUCUACUGCCUCAACCCGCCGCUGGCCACCAUCCCGGACGAUGAGGACUGGUACUGUCCCACCUGUAAAAAUGACACCAGCGAAGUGGUCAAGGCCGGGGAAAAGCUCAAAGCUAGCAAAAAGAGAGCCAAAAUGCCAUCGGCCACCACCGAGAGUCAACGGGAUUGGGGCAAGGGCAUGGCCUGUGUGGGACGUACCAAGGAGUGCACGAUUGUUCCCUCCAACCACUAUGGACCCAUUCCCGGCGUUCCUGUGGGAACCACAUGGAAAUUCCGAGUUCAGGUGAGCGAGGCGGGAGUUCACAGGCCGCACGUUGGCGGCAUCCACGGUCGCAGUAACGACGGCUCCUACUCGCUGGUGCUGGCGGGCGGCUUUGAGGAUGAAGUGGACCGGGGGGAUGAGUUCACAUACACAGGAAGCGGAGGCCGUGACCUCUCUGGAAACAAACGAAUUGGAGAGCACUCGUUUGACCAGACGUUGACCCACAUGAACCGAGCAUUGGCGCUCAACUGUGACGCCCCACUAAAUGACAAAGAUGGAGCCGAGUCCCGGAACUGGCGGGCUGGGAAGCCGGUGAGAGUGGUGCGCAGUUCCAAAGGCCGCCGCAUCAGCAAAUACGCCCCCGAGGAAGGAAACCGCUACGACGGCAUCUACAAGGUGGUGAAAUAUUGGCCAGAGAUCGGCAAGUGCGGCUACUUGGUGUGGAGGUACCUGCUGAGACGGGACGAUCAGGAACCAGCACCAUGGACACCUGAAGGUCUGGACAGGAUCAAGAAAUUGGGACUAUUGAUCCAGUACCCACCAGGCUACCAGGCAGUCAUGGCGAACAAGACAAAGAAGGAGGCCAUCGCCCGGCCCGGUCGCGGCGGUCGGAGUAAGCACCACUCCGGGAGGGGACGGGGGAGGGGCCGGCCACGGAAGCAGCUCAAAAUAGAGGAAGAGGAGGACGAAGAAUACGAGCACCUGAUGGCUGCCGUGGAGGAGGAAGAGGAGGAAAGGCCGCAGAGUAACGGCGAUCAGAAAACCAUCAAGGACUCUGAUUCGUCACCGGCAUCCGAGCCGCCCACCAAGCGCCCGAAGGUGGAGGAGGCCUUCGUGCUGUCGGAGCAGCAGCGGCAGUUGAUCGGAGAGGACGCGGCCAACAAGAAGCUGUGGGACGAAGCCCUGGGACACCUCGCAGAGGGACCAAACUUCCUGCGUAAGAUGGAGCAGAUCUUCAUGUGCGUUUGCUGCCAGGAGUUGGCCUUCCAGCCCAUCACCACCGUCUGCUCGCACAACGUGUGCAAGACGUGCCUCCAGCGCUCGUUCCGGGCAGAGGUGUACACCUGUCCCGCCUGCCGCCACGACCUGGGCAAGGACUACGUCAUGACGCAAAACAAGACUCUACAGCUUCUGCUGGACCAGUUCUUUCCUGGCUACACGAAGGGCCGAUGAGAGCCAUGACGCUCCAAACAGGAAGGCGCACACACGCGCGCGCACACACACACACACACACACACACACACACACACACACACACACACACGCACACACACACACAUUCACACACACACUGUUGAAAGCUCCACUUUAAGGGAUGCAUUGCACUUCCCCAAUGGGCACAUGUAUAGUGCAUCACAGCCAUUUCAUGUAUACAAUCAGUGAGCACACAAAGCACCUCAGUAGCUUCCGACCUCAUCCGUUUUCUCUGCAAACCUCACCAGCCUGAGAUUUCACACCAAGGACUUGAACGCACGUACUCACGAGCCCGCCACACGCACACACACACACACUUCGAUACUCUGCAACAGGGGUCACCAAACAGUUUGCUACACACUUCCAAUUACCUUACAUGUUGGUAUUGUUUUUGCCCGGCUGAUUUAAUCAGCCAAUAUUCGCUAUUUGAAAAGACUAAAAUAAAAAUACCCCCCCACCCCAAAAAAAAA